AUGGCUCCCUCCAGAUGCCUGCGGGCAGGCUCUAGAGGCCCUGGGGCACUGAGGACUGUUGGCGGCUGGGCCCAGUGGGCCUCGCCUUACCCCUGGACAGCCCGUGAGAAAGUUGGCAUGGAGCACGUGCUGGACAGACGACCUCUGGAUCGGUCUCUGCACAAGGCUCUGCCCAUUCUCCGCCGGCGGUGGAGCGGAGCUGCCUGCAGCCUGAGCCGGAGCCAUGAGGUGCACAGCGCCCCAACCUCGGCGGCUCUUCCCACGGUCUGGGCGCCGGCCCGUGGGGAACCUUGGCAGCCCGCCCUCACCGUCCUCUCUGGGCGCUUCGGCCAAGGAGGGCAACACCAGCCCACCCCACGGCGAGGGGGCCCAGCCCUGCCGGGGAAGAGCGCCGCACCCGAGUCGGGGGAGCCAGCGCCAGGCCCACCCGGGGUGCAGCACGGGUGGCACUUGGACUUGCCCCAGGGGGAGGCCCGUCCGCGCGGCCUGUGUCUGCGAACCCGGACCCUGCGCGGGCGCCCCGCGUGGCCGCAGAUUGCCUCGAAUGAUGGCCUGCGUCUGACAGUCCCUCAGUUCUUCUCAGCUGUCCUGAGGCUGCAACUGUCAGCUCCCCAUCCUCAGUUCCUGCCUGGACUGGCUCGGACACCUCACAGCCUGCACUGUCAGUGGGGCCCUCAUAUUUCCAUCCGGGUGGCAGACAAUUAUGCCAGUGUGCAUUCUUGGCAACAGGUGGAUUGGGCCUCUCCUAGGGUAACCUCUACCCCCCUCGUGGAUGCCUGAAUCGAGUGGACCUGCUAUGGGGACCCUGAAUGCAUGCAUAUACCCAUGGAACAGAAUAGCACAGCUAGUGGUGCUCCUGGUGGUAAGCCCACAGAAAGGGGUCCCCCAGCUGGAUGUAUACCUGGCUUCUGGCCCCUCACGGUGAACUUACACUGAGCUGGCUCAGACCCAGGCACCUUUGAUGGCUCCCCAUGGCUGCUGGACCACUUCGUGGCCCAGCUGGGUGAUUGCAAGGCCUUUUGCUUCAAGCACUACCGGGACAACCUCAGCCACAUUUGCAAGAUCCUCAGCCACCUGACAGGCUGAGCCCAGGUGUGGGCAACCCCCUACCCUGAUGGGAACCUGCCCCGGCCUGACGAUUAUGAGCUCUUCUGCCAGGACCUCAAGGAAGUUAUUCAAGACCUGAACAGUUUCGCUAAGUACCACGCCACAGUGCCCUUCCCCCUGCCCCCAACCUCCAGCCAGCUGUCAGUGGCCCCUCAGCUGUCCAUGGUGAGGCAGUACUUAGCUAGGUUCUCGGUACUCGACAUGGGCACUCCUCCCUGGCCUGUCCCAGCCACUCUGGCAACUCCUGCUGUGUCUGGGUCCAACUCUUUAUCCAAAAAUUCUGUUCCUGAGCAGCAGCUGGUCAAAGACAACUCUGGGCCUGGACCCCCUUUCCUGCCCAGCUCUGUACAUAGCCCCACUCCUGGUCCUGUGGAGCCAGCCUCCUCCCAGCCAGAGGAAGCAGUCCCCAAACCUGUCCAUAUACUGUCAGAAUCUGCUAAUUUCCCUGCUCAGAGACCAUGCCUUGCUUACCCAGGGCAUCCAGUAUCCCAAAAAAUAGAGGAGGGUUUGGAAGACAAAGGCCAGGAGUUGUCCUUAGGUACACCACAGGAAGUGGUGGAGACCCCAGGAGAACCACCAUUUUCUCCAGUUUCCCACCCAGCACCCUUGGGUUCUAAACACAGCCCCCAAUAA